AUGGCAGAGAGUACGCAUGAGCUCCAUACCAAGUACGAGCCCCAUCCAGAUCCCCAGCAGCUCACGGGCCACGACGGCCAUGCUGUUGACUACGAACCUCACCCUGAACAGUCGUUGAAAAUAUCACCAGAGCAUGAGGCCAUUGUUCAGUCAAUCACAAACCUCUACUCUGGCAGUGCCAGCGAGAAAGACAUGUCGGUGUAUGCAGAGAAGGCCAUAUACGACGACCCGCUAUCAUACUGCGACACGCGAUACAAAAUUGCCGGUCAGUGGUACGGGCUCCCCAAGAUCUUCAGCAAGCUGGAAACCAAGAGGGUCGAAGUGGUCAAGGACACGCCAACGGGCAUUGUCUUCAAACUAAGACAGGAGUACACUCCCAAGGUGGCCAACACUCCCAAGGAAGUCGACUCGCUGGUCUCGUUGUCCCUCGACGAGGCCGGCAAGGUGCGCUAUCACAAGGACAUGUGGAAUUCCAAGGACUACAGUCAUUCCGGCAUCGGCAAGCUGAUCAAGAAUCUGAAUGGUGAUCACCUUCCAAAGAUCACUCAGCCACCAGAUUCGUUGUAG